UAACAUUCAGUGGUUCAUUCUCAGCCCAAUCAGGUCAGAGACGAUCAGACAAUCUGAAGCUGACACUAUCAAUAUGGUAAUCGCCAACACGAACAUAAUCUUUGUCGCCGGUUUGGGUGGCAUUGGUCUGGACACAUGUCGGGAGAUUGUCAAACGUGGUCCCAAGAACCUGGUGAUCCUUGACCGAAUUGAGAAUCCCACAGCAAUUGCCGAACUGAAAGCAAUCAAUGCCAAGGUGACCGUUACUUUUUAUCCCUAUGACGUCACUGUUCCAGUAACGGAGACCGCCAAGCUGCUGAAGACAAUUUUCGCCAAGCUAAAGACUGUUGAUCUAUUGAUCAAUGGAGCUGGCAUUCUCGAUGAUCAUCAGAUUGAACGCACCAUUGCGAUCAACUUCACGGGCCUGGUCAACACCACCACUGCCAUUAUGGAGUUCUGGGAUAAGCGCAAGGGUGGACCAGGUGGUGUCAUAUGCAACAUUUGCUCUGUGACUGGCUUCAAUUCGAUCCACCAGGUGCCAGUUUACUCCGCAUCAAAGGCAGCGGUUGUCAGCUUCACCAGCUCCCUGGCGAAACUUGCACCCAUUACUGGCGUCACUGCGUACUCCAUUAACCCGGGCAUUACAGUAACUCCGCUGACCCACAAGUUCAACUCCUGGCUGGAUGUGGAACCACGUGUGGCUGAGUUGCUCAAUGAGCAUCCUACUCAGACAACCAUUCAAUGUGCCCAGAACUUUGUCAAGGCUAUUGAGUCGAAUCAGAAUGGUGCCAUCUGGAAGCUGGAUUUGGGACGAUUGGACUCCGUCACCUGGACCAAGCACUGGGACUCUCAUAUCUAAACUGUUUCCAAAUUUGCCAAGUCAUCUAACAUCGCUUUUGGUAUAAAGCAAAUACUGCGUAGUAGUAGGUUAAGGCUCUACAUAUCUCUCAUUUCACUCAUUUUAUAUUCGUUCAAUUUUGAGUUCGAUGAUAAAUAAACCAAAAAGAAACCAUGAAAUUGACACACAGUA